GGGACCCCUCCCCACAUAGGUUGUGCGGCCAGGUGUCUGGAGACACUGGGCUCAGGGCCAGGCGCUCUCUGCCGGGACACCAGCGAUGCCACUGUCUCCCUCUGAGUCACCUGGCCUCAGUUUCCUCAACCGCAGAAUACAGCUGACAACAGUGCCAGCCUCAGGACUCACGUACAUCACCUGGCUGACACGUUGGUAACCCACGAUUGUCUCCUUUGUUAUCAACGAUGCCGUCUCCACUCCCCCCUCCUCCCAGCUGCUCUGACCCAUGGAUGCACUCGGCUGGACCAAGACCCGAUGGCCCUGGCAACAGUGUCUCCUCGGGCUGCUGCUGCAACUGUUUCUGGCUCUGUGCUUCUUCUCUUACCUGCGAGUGUCCCAGGACACGCCCUUGUGGUCCGCCAGGUCGGGGGCCGAUGCGGCAGAAGCUCUCGACGUGGCUCCCAAGGGGUCCUCAGGGACGGUGUCCUGCCAGGGGGCGCCCUGCCCCCCCCCCCCCCCCCCGGGUCCUGCCCGCCCGCCCCUGGUGCUCCUGCUGUGGACAUGGCCAUUCAACCGCCCCGUGCCUCUGUCCCACGGCUCGGAGCUGUGGCCGGGCACGGCCGACUGCCGGCUGACUGCGGACCGCAGCGCGUACCCUCAGGCGGACGCGGUGCUGGUGCAUCACCGCGAGGUCAGCUACGACCCGAGGAAGCAGCUCCCCACGUCCCCACGGCCGCCGGGCCAGCGCUGGGUCUGGUACAGCAUGGAAUCGCCCAGCCACCGCGCGCGACUGAAGGCCCCGGACGGAUACUUCAACCUCACCAUGUCCUACCGCAGAGACUCGGACAUCUUCACACCCUAUGGCUGGCUGGAGCCGUGGCCCGGCCAGCCGGCCUCCACGGUGGUCAACGUCUCAGCCAAGACGGAGCUGGUGGCCUGGGUGGUGUCCAACUGGAGGGAAGACUCAGCCAGGGUGCGUUACUACCACCUGCUGAAAGCUCACGGGCAAGUGGACGUGUAUGGGCGCUCCCACAAGCCGCUGCCGGAGAAGGCCAUGGCCCGGCAGCUGUCCCGGUACAAGUUUUACCUGGCUUCCGAGAACUCCUUGCGCCCCGACUACAUCACCGAGAAGCUGUGGCGGAAUGCCCUAGAAGCCUGGGCCGUGCCCGUGGUGCUGGGCCCCAGCAGGAGUGACUACGAACAGUUCCUGCCCCCCGACGCCUUCAUCCACGUCCACGACUUCCAGAGCGCCGAGGAACUGGGCCGGUACCUGCAGGCGCUGGACAAGGACCACGCCCGCUACCUGAGCUACUUCCGCUGGACGGAGACGCUGCGGCCUCGGUUAUUCAGUUGGGCCCUGAUGUUCUGCAAGGCCUGCCGGCGGCUGCAGCAGGAGACUGUGCCCAGCAUAGCUGCCUGGUUCACGUGAGCUGGCCGGGCCGGGGCGGGGGCCGCCCCACACCACACCCCUGGGGACACACCUGCCGG